GGAGAGAACUUUUCCAGUUUUGUACGACAAGUGCCCGGGUUAUGUCCCGUCGCUCCCCAGGGUUUCUGUGUCAUCUCCCGGUAGUGAUUUAGCAUGUGGCAGGUGAACAGCAGAUAACAUUGUCAACAAAAGUGGAUCCGUUUAGUUCUUCUGUUGGUAUUUUAGUUUUAAGAUCGGUGGAAACACUUUGGCAAGGGAAAUAACUUGAACUUGAAAAUGAAGAAGUCAAUUUAUAUCGCACAUUUCCUCCCUUUGUUAUUGACGACAUUAGCAAGCGCUGAAGACUACCAGGCCUGGAGUGAGAGAAGUUAUUUGGACGAAGAUCACGAGUUCACCUGCAACGAUACCUUAGGAAACAUUUUUAUAGAAACUGACAGUCAGCUGAAAUGGUCAAGACAACAUCAGUCGGGCUACAUAGAGACCAAUGGUCAGUACGAGCUGAAAGAUUUCGGUGGCAUCGCUAACAUGACACUGCUGAUCAAAAACGUAACUGGCGAUCAUGCAGGGAUCUACUUCUGUCACGUGUUCAACAGUACAGGCCAACUGGUCGGGCGAGCUGUAAAAGGACUGAACUUAGCUGGCCCGUUGUAUAAAGAUUACACCGACGAGUAUAAAUGGAACAUCAUUGUUGGCUUUAUCUCUUCUGGCUGUGUCAUGGCGCUGAUCAUCGGCGUCGGCCUCGUGGAGAACUUCCGGUAUUUGUCCGAUGAGCAGAAGCAGAAACGGAAAGACAGGAAGAACGGGAAAAUCCCGAGAGCCAAUCUGGCAGCUCACCAGGCGAACGGGAUAGACAACGGAAUGAUGGACAUGGACGAUGUAUCCACUGUCUCGGACUCCAAGAAAGAACACACCAACGGAAUCAACCCAUUUGGCCAUGAUCUUGCUAAUACACAUCUAUAAAUAGCGACAACACAUCUGCUUAAUUUAAAAAUUUCGUUUUUUUUCUCAUUUUUAUACCUAACUCUAUUUAUUGAUAUGUAUAUAUAUUUAAUAUAUAAUGGUACAACUUGCUUUAGUUUGCAACGAAAGAGAGCAGAAAGCGUAAAAUGGCAAAGUAAUGAAAAACCUCCUUGUGGUAAAAUUACCAUGCCAGGCUUCACCCACAUAUCGCAAUAAUGUCUUCACCAACUAUCUGCUAUCUUAACUGGGUCCCAACAUUGACACGUGAGCAGUGGCGUAUUGAAUUGGGUUAAGUGGGGCAGUCGCCCUGGGUGCCUGAGCUUAGGGAGGACCAAAAUGGUUCUCAUAACACUACAUAAAAUAGCACAUAUUUCUGACGCUGCGUUCGUUUCUUCGAUUACGUUCUAUGUAAGUAUUGUAGUCUUAGUCUUAGUCUUAGUCUCAGUCUUAGUCUUAGUCUUAGUCUUAGUCUUAGUCUCAGUCUUAGUCUUAGUCUCAGUCUCAGUCUUAGUCUUAGUCUCAGUCUUAGUCUUAGUCUUAGUCUUAGUCUCAGUCUUAGUCUUAGUCUUAGUCUCAGUCUUAGUCUUAGUCUUAGUCUCAGUCUCAGUCUUAGUCUUAGUCUCAGUCUCAGUCUCAGUCUUAGUCUUAGUCUUAGUCUCAGUCUUAGUCUUAGUCUCAGUCUUAGUCUUAGUCUCAGUCUUAGUCUUAGUCUUAGUCUUAGUCUUAGUCUCAGUCUUAGUCUCAGUCUUAGUCUUAGUCUUAGUCUUAGUCUUAGUCUCAGUCUUAGUCUCAGUCUUAGUCUUAGUCUCAGUCUCAGUCUUAGUCUCAGUCUUAGUCUUAGUCUUAGUCGUAGUCUCAGUCUCAGUCUUAGUCGUAGUCUUAGUCUUAGUCUCAGUCUUAGUCUUAGUCUUUACUGAUGAUUUUUCAUGUGCAAAUAUGAAUGACGUACACGAUCUGAAGAUAAAGGUGUAGGGGUGUGUGCACUGACAGCCCUUGCUGUCCAGGGCGUCUGGCACCUUUGUUGCAACCAAGCAUUUGGGUGGCAAGUCCCAAAUUAGUUAACGCUACCAAUCAGAAAGAUUCUUUUUUUUUUUUAGGCAAUCUCCAUUUUCGUAUGUUGCGUUAACUUCUUAAGUGCUUCGCUGUUUGGCCAAGGGUGUCCAGGUCAAAGGUCGGGCAAAUAGUUUUGCCAUUAUAUAUAUAUAAAUAUCAUGAAUAAAUCAUUCAUUGUUUCAGCCCUUAGAUUCACAUUUGUAAUCAGUAUUUUACAUUUCUGUUAAGUUUAACAUUAUUUUCUAUUUUUAUGUUAUUUUGUAAAUAAAUUUAUGGAAAUUGAAUUAAA